AUGCCCAGUAAUGAGCUGUCGUUGACCCAGGCCGACAAGGCGGCGCUCGAAGAAGAGAUGAACUUGCAACUGGAACAACACAGGGAUGAACUGUCCAAGGCCAAGAUUGAUGCUGCAGAACUCUCGAACCAGCUUGAGAAUGAACGGGAUCAGUUGGACCAAAUUCAGGAGAUGCACGCGAACGAUAUGAACACACUCUCAGAACGCUGGACUUUGGAUCGUCAACAAAUGCGAGAGCAGAUAUCAGACAUGACCUUGGACAUUGAUGAACUCCGAAAGGCGAACGAGCAGCUUGAAGCCCAUGUUCAGGAUCUGAUGGUCAUGCGGAAUGACGAGGUUAUCCGGCACGAUCAGGAGCUGGGAGACCUUGUAGGAGAGUUCGAGGAUAAGGAGAUGGAGUUGGCACGUGCGCAGGAGGAACUCCGAAACUUUGAGGAUCUGUUACAGGCGAGGGAUGCCAGGAUUUCAGAACUCUUGGAUAGAAUCGACCAGCUUGAGAUGGCGAGACGAGAAGCUGAUGCCGUUCAUGACGAAGUUGUCACCAGCAUCAAAUCAGUAAGUAGGCGACGUCGAUUCUUAUGGGUCAUGCAGAAAAGCAGUACAUGUUCUAACGAUGAACGCCGUUGUUGA